CCAACAUCUCGCCAUCCACGACAACAUCGCUUUUCCAACAGACCACGCUGCAUCGAGGCUCUUUCGAAAAUCCUGCGACAAGAAAUCCACGCCGCAUACUAGCGAGACAACUCGUCGGUCGCUUCAUUUCCACCUUUCAAUACAAACCUUUCCCCAGUUCACCCCGGAAACUUCGAGUUUAUGUCAGGCGAAAUCGAGAUCCAGAAUCUCAAGAGCCGCGACCCCUUCGCCGAAGCCGACGAGGAUUCGGGGCAGACCACUCAAACCCAGGAAUAUAUCCAUAUCCGCAUUCAGCAGCGUAAUGGACGCAAGACCUUGACUACGGUGCAAGGUAUACCGGCCAAAUUCGACCACAAGAAGAUCUUGAAGGUCAUCAAGAAGGAGUUCGCCUGCAAUGGCACCAUCAUCAGUGACACCGAGUCCAAGGGUCUCGGCGAGGUGAUCCAGCUCCAGGGUGACCACCGCAUCAAGAUCCGGGACUUCCUCAUCAAUGAGGAGACCGGCCUGGGUCUCGACGAGAAGACCAUCAAGAUCCACGGCUUCUAAGCCGGGCAUGUCGGUCGUGCCGCAGCUCAGCGGCCCGGUUCCCCCAAGACGGGUUUCCGGGGCGGGGGUCCAACUCACAGAGUCGGAACUUAUUGAUGUCUGAGCGACGAAAAGACCGUUGCCAUGGGGUCGCGCGGCACGCACACAUGAUACCCGGGAGUUGGCAAAGAAGCCUCCUCUUCCCUUGGCAAGACUGCGUUACGAGGGAUGGAUUUUGGUACUUUGGGCCAUCUGCUUAUCGUCGAUCCUUGGACCUCUGGUUGACAGGACGGCCGCGGCCUGCAUGCCCUUCUUUUGAAUGUCUGCAGGAACCGUAGUUUUAGGCAAUGGAUUAGGUUGAGAAAACGUCUAUUUGUGCGGAACGUGAUUUUCAACACUGCACAUCUCGCC